AUGCCGAAAGUUCGAAGAAGCAGAAAACCCCCGCCGGAAGGUUGGGAAUUAAUCGAACCGACUAUCGAAGAAUUAGAACAGAAAAUGAGAGAAGCUGAAAGUGAUCCUCAUGAUGGAAAAAGAAAAGUAGAAUCUCUUUGGCCGAUAUUUAAGAUUCAUCAUCAAAAGUCUCGUUACAUUUUUGAUCUAUAUCACAAAAGGAAGGCAAUUAAUUCAGAACAAAGUAUUUUACUUUCUAAAGUAACACACUGCAAGGAGGGAGCACAAGACAAAGUGCUUGGUUCUGCAUACAUGAAAUUCUCCAAUUACAGCAGUCCAUUUUUCAGAUUUAAAGUUGGAGUAGAAUAA